UUUCGCGGAGAUUUUUUGGCACAUAUGGUACAAAUAUUACAAUCAGUAAAUUUGGGAAACUUGCUUGGUCGAUUUCAAGAGCAGCGAAUGGAACUGCAAACAGUUUUAUCUGCCUCCAACCAACAGUUGGUCCGCCUUUGCGAUGCUUGUAAGAGAAAAGUAGAAGAGAAUAAUGGAUCUACUAGCAAUACAGCUGCUGUUCGUGAAGAGCGGUUAUCCAUAUUCAACCCAAGGAGACACAACAGCCGCAGCCAAGCAUGUGUAACCGCAAGAAGCGUGAGCUCGAAUGGCGCGAACAAGAGGGCAGCAAAGAGCAGUCCAUGGACGCCAACCUUUGUUUGCAUGGCAGAUACCACUGCGUCCAAAACCUUGUCGUCUGUAGAGAAGGAAAUCCUAUUUAAAGCUGGUCUAGGAUUGACAAAGAUAAAGCUGGAUAUUCAAGACGACGAACAGGCCGUUGUUAAUAAAAUUACAUCAGAUGAAAAAGACGCCACUGGAAAUUCCUAUGGAUUUCCGCAAUUAAAAACGUGCAGAGGGUUUGAAAUGAUGCGCUGUCAAGCAAAUUGUCGAGAUCUCUCUGUCAUCGACUGUUCGUGGAACGCAAAAGAUCUGCGUUCGAACUUGGGUUGGGGACAAGGGAAGAUUUACUUGCGACCAAUACAGAAAUCAUUGUCAACACAACCUGUAGUGGUGGAAAGUAAAUCUGAAGUGAAAGAGAAAUGUUACAUGUGUAAUCAGGAUAUCCUUGUUCGCAAGCUACGGGAUCACUUGUGGUCUUGCACCGAGGUUAGAGUCAAACCAUUUGUUACCCCGCUAAUUGUGCAACAAUCCAUCAACUCCUUAGACAUUCCUGAUAGUGCAUCACCAAAUGCCCACGCUUCACCAGUUUCAGUAAAUACCUCGGCAAUUGAUUCAUCAACAAUUUCAACAUCCUCUACUUCAAAUGUUUCUUCAUCUAUUGUUCCCUCAUUACCCCCCAUCACUCCAGUUAUUGACCUAACACACACCACAGCAGCUGCAAUGAACAACAAUGAGAAAUCAGUUGAUGACAUUGUUGAUGACACCAUUUCCUACUGCCAACAGCAUGGCAUAUUGAAUCCUAUUGAAAUUUGUCGAUAUUUUCAAUCUAAAAUGGUGAUAGGACGAGCACUAGAGGUGAAAUCCAUUGAUGAAGCAAGUGAAGGUGCAACAAACUUCAUC